AUGGGUGGUGUUACUGUUCGCGAUGUUGACGCUCAAAAGUUCAUUGAUGCAUAUGCUGCUUUCUUGAAGAGACAAGGAAAGCUCCCAAUUCCAGGUUGGGUUGAUACCGUCAAGACCAGCGCAUCCAACGAGCUCCCACCUCAAUCUAUUGACUGGUACUACGUUCGUGCUGCUGCCAACGCCCGUCACAUCUACCUCCGCAAAACCGUCGGUGUUGGCCGUCUCACCAAGGUCCACGGUUCAACCAAGAACCGUGGUUCCAGACCAUCCCACCACGUCAACGCCUCCGGAUCUGUCGACCGUCACGUUUUGCAAUCCCUCGAGAAGAUCGGUGUUUUGGAGCAAGAUGAGGAGAAGGGAGGUCGUCGUAUCACUCAAUCCGGACAACGUGAUUUGGACCGUAUCGCACAAACCACCGUUGAGGCCGAUGAGGAAGAAGAUGACGAGUAA